AUGAUGGAAGGCGUGGUUUCUUAUUUAGGACCCAAUUACGGAUUUAUUGUAUCUAAAGAUAACUUUUUGCACGAUGAUGUUCUUUUUACGUUCGGGUCGUGGAGCUACUUGGGGGAAAUCAAAAUAUCAGAGUUGGGAGCUUUAGAUGAGUUCUUUCAAGUUGGAAUGAAUGUAGGUUCAGAUUUUUCAUUUUUUCACUUUUUCAGGUAUUAUUCGACAAACCGUUUGCUGGUGACACUCCUAGCAGCACCAUUUUCAAGAUAAAGUAUCUUCAGCCAGGUAAUUUUAAUUGAAGAUUGUAGUUUUUGGCCGCAUAAACUAAUUUUUACCGGUUUUUACCAAUUUUUUGUUUCACUUUAUAUCUAAUUAUACUUGAAUCUAUUUCCAAUACCUUUUCAGUGGAUUAUGAGACCAAUUCUUCCCUGACUCAAAUGGUAACAAUUUCGACUGGUGUGAGAAAUACUAAUGUUGCUGUUGCAAUGACUAGUAAGGGACAGUUGGUGUGUGUUCAUCCACAUCUUUUCACCAAUCCUGUAGUCGACAAAACGAUUCUCAGCAAUUCUAGACAAGUGAUGAGUCAAGGAGACAAAGAAUCUCAGGUAACUUCUUUGUUAUAUUAUCUAAGAUGUUUUAUUUAUCGUACGUUACUUGUAGUCACUAUCCUAACAAAAUUUUUUAGCUGAAAGAGUUUCACAAAGUCGUCAUUCCUGGCCGAACUCUUGAAGGUCGAGUAUCCGCAGCUCCUCAAUGGAUGAAGAACCAGUUUCUGGCGUUCGGAGUUUCAAUUACCUUCCUCGCCCUUAGCGCCGAGAAUCUGAGUAUCACGUAUAAUGGAUAUGCGAAGUUUGUCAGAGCGUCGAAUUCAUCAAUCUUGCUGAGAUCCAUUGACGAGCCGGCUCAGGAUGUCAUUUACCCACUAGCUUUGGUACCCAAAAACAAACACAAAGACUACGUAAGUAUGCAUUACAGUUUUUAUAAUAAUUUACAGAUGAACAUACCGUCAGAACAGAUUCUGUUUUACUACACUGCUUGUAAGAACCUCAGUGGUUCCAGCUAUCCCUUGAGAGCGUACAAAUUGCAAGUGGUUGACGGUGGACAACAUAUAAUAGAGCAGAUGACAGCCAACCAAUCAGAACCAGACGAACCGGUCCCUUCCCUGUCAUUAAUCGACGAUUCUUUGGAACUUGACCAAGAACCGACCGGCGACCCUGAGUAUACUCCAGAUGAGGAAGAAGAUCUAAUCCAGUUCUAA